UUUUUUAUUAUUAUUUUUAUGUUUUGCUGUUUCUUUCUUUAUUACUGAAUUUGUUUUAUUCAUCAGGGCAUUGCUCUCAGUAAGUUUUAUGUCUAGGUUUAGGGUUCUUUUAUGUGUUCUGGGAAUUAGGGAAAUCUCUAAAUGCUUAUGAUUUGGGCUUCUUCCUUUUGGUUCGCAAGAAAGAAAGAUUGGGAGGAAGGAAGUUUCGAUGUUUGAAUAGUGCCCGUCAUGAACCUUGUGUUGUUUAUUGAACUGCCUUUUUUCACAAUCUUACCAUGUAAUUGGUCAGUCUUUUUCAUAUUUUCUGGCUUCUGGCUUUCAGUAAUGCCAUCUUUUGAUUGUCAUGAUUGUUUUGGGACUUUUUCCAUGUAGUUUUUCGGUGGAGUCCAUAUAAAAUGUUGUUAUGGCUUUUUAAAUUGCGGUGCAAAGUUAGGACACAUGAUGUUAUACACUUGAUCUCUGAACUUCAGGUAAGUUCACCUGUUGACAAGUUUAUGUGCUGAUGCCCUUUUCAUUGCACCUUGUAUUACAAGAUAACAUUUCCCUUUGUCUUUCUAGUCUUUUUGUUUUCUUCUUUUUAAGAGAAAUAAGUUGGAUGAUCUCUUUUGUGCCCUGGUGUGUGCCUUGUUGUGCAAAACCUGAACCCUUGAGCUGUCUAAAUGAUGAGGAAGAUGACCCCUAUAUCAUUUAUACGCAUGCAUAGGAGGAGCUUUUUCGUCUAUGUUUGGUAGAAUUUGUUGGGGGCCUGAUAGGCUGUGGUUUAUCUGAUGUUUACCCUGAUAUCUAAAUAAUCAUAUAAAAGAUUGCUAGGUCACUCAGAUUUUGUUUGUGUAUAUUAAAUAUUUUCUCCAGUAGCAUAUUAUACGCUUUUGCUAGAUACAUGGAGUGCGGAAUGAAGCUACAAAUGACUGUUGUUCAACUUGUGCUAUACAAAGUGCAUGUGUGCCACCAUUCACUAUGUAAAUAUGUAGAUUUGCUGAAAGAUGGAAAGGGUGAGAGCCAUUCAUGAGCAAAAACGUUGAUUGCAAAUACACAGAAUACACAUCCUGGAAUUGCCUGUUUCUAAGGGUGCACUUUAGUUUAUGUUAAAGGGCAACUAGGCAAUGUGAAUAGCCAUCUGGGUCAUUCUCUUUUUUGAUUCAUAUGCGUCCACCAGUUGCUAUUUUCGAUUACGUUUUCGUUUUUUUAUUUAGUGAAUAACUAUUUAAACUGAAUGACUGAUCUUAGGCCCUUGUUAAGUCCUUGGUUACAGUUGAUUCUUUCCAAUCUUUAGGUAAGCAUAACACAUUCGAUUACUAUCAUUGCUAGCAUCUUAUUGAUAAUGUGCAGGGAUGUUUUGAAGUGGACACAGCCUAUGGAUGAUGUCGUCAUUGAUGUGCUCUUGCACCAACAGAGCUUGGGAAACAGGGUUGAUAAGGUUUUCACUACGAUGGCAUAUGAGAAUAUGGUGAAUGAAUUGCAUGAAAAGAUUGGGAUGCCAAUUGAAAAGGUCACCUGAAAAAUUGUAUAAAAACUCUGAAGCAUAAUUUUAACAAGUUUUAUAACCUUUUCAAGGGCAGAGGCGGUUUUGCUUGGGGUCUGGACACUAAAAUGUGGACUGCUAAGCCUGAAUUAUGGAAAGCUCUAGCAAAGAGAAAAGGAGGAUGGAGCUAAAGGGGGUCAAUGGACCAGCUCAAUUGGCGGAGUAUUGUUUGAUGGUAUUCCUUUGCAAGAUGUAGUUGGUCUGACCAUGGAGGACAAUGACAUGAAUGAUACCAGUCAAGUCGUUUCUCAAGUGCCAUCCCAGUCUGCAACAUCGUUUAAAGGGAAAAAAUGAAAGGCUCCAGGAGUUGCAAGUAUUUCAGAGAGAGUUUAAAAGCAUAAGGGAAGCAAUUAAAGAUGUUGCAGGUGCAAUUAGUGAGGGAAAUGUUAUAUAGCUGAGAGAGGACGACCACGUGUUUACUACUCGGAGCAGGAAGUUUUUGCAGAAUUAGUGAACAUAGGUGUGGAUACACAGUUACGCCAUAAGGCUUACACUUUCCUUAUUGCAAACGCAGCGAGGGUGAGAGCCUUGUUUGGUUGCCCAGCUGAGGAGCGCAAGGAAUAUUUGUCGCAGAUGAUGUAUAGUUCUGAGGACUCAGCAUAUUAAAAAUUUAUUGGCUAGGUAGGGCGCACUACAGUUUCUUUCUUUUUUCCCUUGCGGAUGGGGGAGAGAUGUGUAUAUAAGGCGUUGGGGAAAGUAAGGGAUUGUACAUAAGAUGAAUGAUAUUCAGAUAGCAAUAAUUCUUUUGUUCAACGUUUCUCUAUUUGGCUACCUUAUGCAUAUGAUUACCUGCUACAUGGAAGUCAAAUGAAUACAUAAUUUAAAAAGGUAAAACUAAAUGGUUUGUGGAUUCCUUCGAUGAUGUAUUUAUAUCACGGCUUUGUAUUUGGUGUAGUAACAACGAACAAUCCUGGGAUUUCUUCAAUGGUUUUCGGGUUCCUUCAUGCAGGGGCAUCCAAACCAAUUGUUGACUUUGUUUUACCAAAUUGUAGCCUAAUGAUUGCCAAAAGAAAAAAGAGUUGCAGCCCAAUGACGACUAGGACGUCGGGUGUUGGAAGUGGCUUUUGCAUCUUAAGGCUCUUGGCGAGGCCUAGAUGAUUGGUUGGUGGGCUCCUCCUUAAUAGCUUUCCUGAUUGAUUCCUUCGUUCAACUUUCAAGUGACAGACAAUCGUACAUCCAAAACAAGCUGUCAGGUAAUAACCGCUGACGGAGAUAAACUGUUUGAGGAAAUUCGUGUUAGACAUUGAAUCAUAUGACCAUCCCUUCAUGCUGCGCAAGUUCCAUUCCAGAACGGUUAAAACAAAAAAUGGAUUGCAUGGUCUCAUCCAUUAGCCUACAUCCUGUCAUACCGUUGAAAAGAAAAGUAGUAAGGAGCAUUUCUGUAACUUCCAUGGCACAUCCCAACACAAGAAUUUGCUAUAGAAAGCUACCCAAGAAGAACCACCGUUAUCCGCGUCUCACCAAGCUUCCUCCUGACUUUGGCGUCAACUUAUUCUUGCAGGAGCCUAGAACUGGAACCGACACCGCCCCUGACACUCAACAAAUGGAUUCAAUUCCCCGUCGCAGCAAUGAAGAAGAAGAAGAAGAAGAAGAAGAAAGUGAGGGGAAGGAGGAAGAAGUAGAAGAUCAAGGGAAUUAUGUUGUUUGGGAAUCAGAUGAGGUCGAAGCCAUAUCGUCACUCUUUCAGGGAAGAAUUCCUCAGAAGCCAGGAAAAUUAGGCAGAGAGAGGCCUCUACCUCUCCCACUUCCUUACAAGCUACGGCCACUGGGAUCUCCUACGCCAAAGAAACACGUUAAAUUGACUUCUCCUGGGGUAAUCUCUUCUAGGGCGUCUGUAUCAAAACGGUUAUACAAGAACCCAAGCUUUCUUAUCGGCUUAGCCAGAGAGAUUAAAGACCUUGAUUCCGAUGAAGAUGUGUCUGCAGUUCUCGAUAAGUGGGCUCGUUUUUUGCGCAAGGGUUCGUUGUCAAUGACAAUUCGGGAAUUGGGUCACAUGGGUCUUCCACAACGAGCUCUGCAAACUUUCUGUUGGGCUCAGAAGCAGCCUCAAUUAUUCCCGGAUGAUAGGAUUUUGACUUCAACUGUUGAGGUCUUGGCAAGGAACCGAGAACUAAAAUUGCCAGUCAACUUGGAGAAGUUCGCUAGCUUGAGUAAUCGGAGUCUGAUUGAGGCGAUGGUGAAGGGGUUCAUCAAAGGUGGAAACUUGAACCUUGCUUGGAAGCUUCUUUCAGUUGCUAAGCAAAGUAAAAGAAUGCUGCAUCCAAGCAUUUAUGCAAAGCUAAUAUUGGAGCUUGGUAAGAAUCCAGAUAAGCACACGCUUGUAGAGGACUUACUGGAUGAUCUCGGAGAAAGGGAGAAUUUGAAUUUAAGUCAGCAAGACUGUACUGCCAUCAUGAAGAUUUGCAUUAGGCUUGGGAAAUUCGAGACAGUGGAGAGCUUGUUUAACUGGUUCAAACAAUCUGGGCGUGACACGACUGUGGUUAUGUACACAACCCUGCUUCAUAGUCGUUAUUCUGAGAAGAAAUACAGGGAGGCAUUAGCUCUGGUUUGGGAAAUGGAGGCCUCGGAAUGUCUCCUUGAUCUUCCUGCUUAUCGUGUAGCAAUAAAGGUUUUUGUUGCUCUGAAUGAUCUCUCUAGAGCUGUGAGAUAUUUUUCGAAACUGAAGGAAGCAGGUUUCUCUCCAACAUAUGACAUCUAUCGGGACUUGAUUAGUAUUUAUAUGUUUUCCGGGAGACUGGCCAAGUGUAAGGAGGUUUGCAAGGAGGCAGAGAUGGCAGGAUUUUCAUUGGACAAACAUACCUUAGCACAACUGUCACAACUUGAGAAAGAAAUGAGGUUAGGUUUAUGAAUAGGAGGUGUUUGCUUCACCAUUGUCAUGUUGAUAUCUAGAGUUAUUAGUCUCUUUAUAUCCAAUUUAAAGAUCUAAUCUUUUUAACUGUAUUGUAUAUAGUGAUUUAAAUCCAAUGAAGCUCAAGACAUAACACACAUGCCCUUGCCGGCAACCUGUGUUUUGGACAUGAAAGGAUUUGAAAAUGAAAAAACAAACCUACACCAUACAGGGAGGUUCCAUAAACCUUUUUAA